AAUAUUAUAUAAGAGCGUGGCGGUCGGCGGUGGUGGUUCGUCCAGUGGUCUCCAUUCCUGACACACGAGGCGGCUCAGCAGUCGCAAUAGUGAAUAAGCCGACGCCGCUCAAACAGUGUGCGCACACAAUGAAUACCGUCCGUUCGUGUUUCGCCACCAAAGUCGCGUUUCUGGUUGUCGCGAUCGGCUGGUGGGCCGUCGACGCUUUGGUCUGUUGCAACAGUAGUUCAGUCGCAAGUGGCGGCGGAGACCUCGUCGCGUCAUGCCAGAACAAAAAUAGGACGUUCCAUACGGUCGAGGAAUUCGGUGGUGGCACGUGCGAUGACAACUGGACAGCCCUGCCGAUCUGGAAGUGCUGUGGCCCGGGCGAGUCGUACGAUAGGAUAUUGGGGAGCUGCAAACCUUCCUGGGCAAACGGUGACAAGCAAAUGCAUCGGAUGAUGCAGCUACUGAAGGACGAAUUUCAGGUGGUGGCCGAUGCGGUAAUGGUUGGUUUUAAUUAUGAGCCACCACUGUGUGACGCUGGGAACGUGCUAGUCGACGUGCCCCCCGAGGACAUGAUGUUUAUGUUUAAAGCAAACUCGUCGGUCGCCGAGUUGCUGCCGCGCUACUGCUUCGACCUGACGCCACCCGAUGGGCUGGUGGCCCGAACGUGCAUGCUACAGGACUUAUUCUGCAAAUGGGACGUUUACAAGUGUAUGCAUAUGUGCUGCAAGGGUGACCGAAUGAUGGUCGACGGCCCCAAUGGUCCGGAGUGCACACUGAGCGAGAAGCCACUCACGAUGUCCGCCUAUGGAAUAGACGAGGGUGACCUGGUGCUGCCAUACUAUGAAGAAUUCAAAUGUUCACACAGGGACAUAUUGGACGACGGGUUCAAUUUGGUCUCGGAUGGCCUUUACCUCAUCAACGAAGACCAGUACGUAACGUUCACGGAAUAUUGCGUGGGGUAUUCACAGGUGACCGACAGCAUAGUGGCGUACAUAUGCGACGCUGACACCGUGUUUAUGGACAAACGUGCACGUGCCAGCUCGAUUCACUUAUUCUAUCUGGCGAGUUACGUAGCGUCUGCCGUGUGCUUGGCGCUCACGCUGCUCCUGUACAACACACUGCCCAGCCUCCGAAACACCCAAAACUACUACGUCAAGUGCUACGUGCAACACCAGUUUUUGGCGUGCAUCUACGUAAUUUACCAAAUGAGUAUGAAAAGUGAAAAAAAAGACGAGUCGUGCUUUACGUUCGGUUAUAUUACUUUAUUUAUAUUUCUGUCAACAUUAUGCUGGUUAAACGUAAUGUGCUUCGAUAUUUACUGGAAGAUAAGGUACAACAUUUCAACAAACAGAAAUACAUCAACAUCAGUACGUACCAUUAUGUACUAUUUUUACUGUUGUGGACUUCCAAGUAUUUUCGUAUGUACUGGUUUUUUUUUGGAAUAUUCACAAGAUGAAUGGCUACGGAGUUUAGCACCCAAUUUUAAAGAGGAUGUUUGCUUUUACUACAGUAUGUAUGGCUGGGGAAAUGUAGUUUUCAUCAUGUUACCAGUGUUUGUUAUGCUGACUGCCAAUAUAAUUAUGUUCUUGCUAACUGCUAUUUACUGUUCAAGAAUUAAAUCUCAACUCAAUAAAUUCAGACGAACAGAUUCAAGGACAGAAUGUUUUCUUGUUUACAAAGAGAUAUUUGUAAUGAGCACCAAACUAUUUGUGAUUAUGGAAUUUCCAUAUUUGUCUAUGCUACCAAUUUUCUUACAACAUGAUUGGUUCAAGUGGUACAUUAUCAUUCUUUCUGCAGCUAAUAGUCUACAAGGAGUAUUUAUAUUUCUUAUACUUGUGGCCAAAUGCAAAGUUAUUAUGGACUUAAGGAAUAAGUUUAGAUGUUCAAUGGAUCACAGUGAGCCGACACAAAUUAACAAUAUAUCUGGAUCGUCAUAAAAGUGGCACUGGGCAGUGCUCAUAAAUUGUUAUAAUGAUUUCUAAAUGCAACAUUAAUAUAGAAUGUAAAUAUUAUUAUAUCAUAUAUUAAGACUCUAGAACCUAGAACAUAAAAAAAUCAUUAUUUUUGUGCCUUUAAAUAUUACGUUUUGAUGU